UGAAUUUAUUGAGAGACAACAGGAGGAACAAACCAGUCGGGUUUUACACUCCAAGCACUGAACACACACUGUUGUUUUCAGACAUGUUCCGCUGUGGUAUCGCUUAUCCCCGAUGCAGGUGGAUUCUGCCUCUUCUCCUACUUUUCGCCAUUAUUUUUGAUAUAAUCGCCAUCGCGGCUCAGUCCGGAUGGGUGGAGGAUGAAAACGCCAAGUCCCAUUAUGCCAAUAUGUGGACUCAGUACCGAGGCCGCAAUGACGUCUGGACCGGAAAAUCUCUCACUGACAACUUCGCAUGGGCUCGGGCUGUUGCUGCGUUGAUGAUCAUCGGCCUUAUCUUACUCAUCAUCGCCUUCAUCGUUUCCCUUGUGGCACUCUGCUGUUCCCUUAAUUUGACGCUCUUGCCGAUGAUUGGAUUUCUUCUCCUCCUUGCUGCGAUACUCCAGAUCGUGGCUCUGAUAAUUUACCCUGUGAAAUUCAACGAACAAAUCUAUGAAGGCCACUACAGCUACACCUGGGCGUAUGGUUUCGGCUGGGGCGCCACCAUCAUUAUGCUUGGUUGCGCAAUCCUGUUUUGCUGCCUGAGAAAUUAUGAAGAUGAGCUCAGCGGCAUAGCAAAGACCAAAUACAUCUACACGUCGCCCUAAAAGCCCUCUCCAUCCUUCCAAGUACUGCACCAUUGUCCUAAGAACUAUUUGACUUAAUACUUUUAAAUCUCUAAACAGGAAUUGGCACAAUCUGCUCAAGAUAGGACCCGGGUUUACUAAACGAGAAUGCGGGAAACAUGAAGAGUAUUUUCUGCCUUCGUAAGGGUUAUUUAUAAUUAUGAAUUUUCCUACGAAGGCCUAAGUUCUCGCAAAACUCCACCAUACGUGCUCCGACAGUACUGGCCAUAACUACGUUUAUUUCCUUCAAGGCGACAUUUCAGUUUUUAAUCACGGUCUUGUCAUGGGAUUUACUUAUUCUGUUCCAUGCAGCCACAAAAGCAGCGGGUUUUUAUCAAAGCACCAGGAUAGAAACUUUAGAGGUACUCAGCUGAGCAUUUGGUAAAGACCGUUUAAUUACAAAUGACUUGGUUGUAUAUUUCUUAUGCUUGAAAUGAGUAUAUUUUUAGAGGCCUACUUCUUUUAAUUGAAUGUUAAUUCAUGUACACUUGCACAGAAGUUUUAGUAACUAACAUUUUAAAUUGUAUUUAAAAAUACAAUUUAAUUUUUUUUUUAAAGAAACAAUCUUGUUGAUCAAAUAGAGAUUUAAUUUCUAAUAUUCCACUUUAUAGUCAAAAAUGCUACUGUCUGCAAAUGCUGUAUAGAUUGUGUGUUUGGUGUGAAUGGACUGAUGAAUGUUGCUAGAGCCACUGCCUUUUUCUUACACUAACAGAAAUUUAUACAAAUAUAUGAGAGAGCGAGAGGGGUUAAGAUGUCUUCUGUACUACAAUGCAACGAUGCAAAAUAUUCCAAAGGGUUUCUAGUUUUUAUAUAUGGUUUUCCUGAUUCCCCCCCCCCCCCCCCCAUUUUUUUUUUUUUUUAAACUCUGGCUGUGCACAAGAGUGUGAGAUGUUUUAAUUAACUUUUUGUCUUCAUUGCAAGCCUAUGCAUAAUAAAGGGAGAACAGACUGUUUAAAUACCAA